AUGGCUUCCCCUAGCGUUCUCACCUUUGACGCUGAGGGUCGGGCAGUGGACUUUGAGGUCUGGGUAGAUGAUCUGCAGCUUUUCCUGCAGUGCGAUAGGGCAGACGGCCUCUCCCUGUUUGACCUCAUUUCUGGUGCCUCCCCUGCCCCUGCUGCUGAUGCUGACGCCACUGUUCGCUCACAAUGGGCCACACGUAUCGCUGCUGCUUGCCUUGCUGUGCGCCGCCACUUACCGACCACUGAGCGUGCACACUUUAGCCAGUACAAGAGUGCUCAGACCUUGUACGACGCUGUAGUUGCACGCUACUCUUCCCCUGCCACUGCUGCACUGAGCCGCCUCAUGCUACCGUACCUCUUCCCUGACCUUGCUGCCUUUCCCACUGUUGCUGACCUCAUUAUGCACCUCUGCACUAGUGACACUCGCUACCGCGCUGUGCUUCCUGCUGAGUUCUGCGCCAAGAACCCCCCCCCCCCAAUGUACAUCACCCUCUACUACAUAGUCACCCGUCUCCCUGACUCUCUCUGUGUAGUCAGGGACCACUUCCUCUCUGUUUGCCCCACCACUCUUACCGUUGACCUCCUCGAGAAGGCCCUCCUAGCGAUAGAGAAGAGCAUAGUCGCUGUAGGAGCCUCUCGUGGUGACCCUCGCACCCCCGUCUUUGAGGGGUGUUCUCCCUCCCCCCUCUUGCCCUCUGUUGCCUCUGCUGCUGCGGCCGACCUCGUUGGUUUCGAGUCGAUCGGCGCUGCGUCUGCCCCGAGCGGGAGACGCCGCACCGGCAAGGGCAAGGGGGGCAAGGGCACUGGAGGAGGUGGAGGGGGCGGUGGAGGUGGUGGUGGAGGCGGUGGAGGGAGUGGGGGUGGUGGUGGGAGUGGUGCUGGGGGUGGCGGCGGCGGCGGCAGCAGUGGAGGCUGCGGAGGCGGUGGAGGUGGCGGAGGGAGCGGAGGCGGCGGAGGUAGUGGAGGAGGCGGAGGUGGAGGAGGCGGUGGAGGCGGCGGAGGCAGCGGCGGCGGCGGAGGCGGCGGUGGUGGAGCGAGUCGCGACUCUGCGUCGAGGAGUGGCGCCGGUGGUGGUCAGCGCCAGCAGCAGCAGCGGAGUGGUGUGACCCUGUCCCCUCAACAGCUUCGUGAGUGGUACACUUCACGCCAGCGCGGUGGGGGUUUUGGUCCCUGCUCUUACGUUCUCCGUACCGGCGACCGCACUGGUGAGCAGUGCGGGGGUCCGCACUCCACCCAGCGCUGCUUUGGUCGCCUGACGGACGCGUGGCGUCGCCAGUUCCCUGAGGCGUCAGAGAUCCCUCGCUGGGGAGAUCUGGCUAAGGCCGGGGUUGCUAUCUUUGAUCUUGACUUUGAUGCUAUUCUUGCUGCCAUGUAUGCUGUUGCUGAUAGUGUUGAGGGUGCCUGUUACCUGUGUGUACCGCCUGACCCGGGCAUUGAGGCUGCUGCGCUAGGUGCUGGUGAGACUGCUGCUCUAGGUGCUAGUGCGUCUGCUGCCCCAGGUGACAGUGCGUCUGCCGCCCCAGGUGCUGGUGAGUCUGCUCUCUCAGGUACUACGUCGGCUCAGGCCUUCCACACCUUCACCCUGGACUCGGCCCCCUCUGGCACCCUGUCUGGUCUCUACCUCCCCUCGUUCUCUACGAACUUGGUGAGUGGAGCGGACCUACAGGAUCGAGGGGUUGACCAGUUCACUCCUGCGAGUCAUUGA